AUGCCGAUUUGGGAAAAAGGGAUUGUGAAGGUAAUAGGUCAAGGGGAUAGCCUGGAUGAACAACUCGGAUAUCAAAAUAAGAUCGGUUGGGCAACUGGAGGAAGUAGAUUAGCUGGUAACCAUGUGAGCAGCGGGUAG